GACCUUCAGCUGCCUCGCCAUGGGGAACCUGGUAACCGCUGCUGGCGAGGAUGCCGGUGAGAACGGGACGAAUCAGUUACUCGGAAGCGCUUUUGCGGAAGCAGAAGCACCCAGCGAGGUUCCUUCGAGCCAGCGCCAAGAAGAACGCACCACAGCGACGCACGGUGGCGGCGCAAUGGCGCGGCGAGGUCACAAGACAUCCCGGCAGCCUUCUCCGACGCAUGUCUCCCUGGGAAGCAGUGCGUCCCUUGUCCCAAAGGUGGCGAGGUCCUUCCACCAGGCAGCGCAGCGGGGUGGAUCGGCGCGAGGUCAGGGUCCGGACCUGCGUGCGCGUCGACAGCCGCCCCGGGUGGCGGUCACGGCUCCGAAACAUCAGGCAUGGCCGCGCCAGGCCGCCGCGGUGGCAGCACGAAGUCGCAGGCCUCGCGCGUCACCCUCAAGCCCGCCUUACCUGGCGCCGGUGGCGGAGAACCUAUCGCCGGGGUCGCCAUCGGAUGAGCAGCGCAUGCUGCCUCGGCCACAGCUCAGCCCUCCGGUAUCGGCGCCAGAGAUUCGCCGUCCAUCAGAGCAGCGAGAUGACCGUCCACCAGCCUUGCCAGUGGACGCGAUCGUCAACUCUGCCUUGCCACCCCGACGCCUGAGCGCGUUCCGACGCCUGUUGCAGUUCAAGCGAGCUUUGCUCCUGUCGGGUGUCACCCUGAGCCUGGCAACUACCAUCUUGACAGUGCUUACGUGGAAGCUCCUGAACGAGCCGCUCGGAGACGACGUGGCGCGCAACGCCUCGUACCUGGCGCAGAUGUUGUUGCUUACAGGCGGCGACGCGGUUCAUGGAAGCCCAGACAACGCUUCCAUAGUAGGCGCCAACGAAAGCGCGAGCUUAUCCGGAGAAGCGGCUGGUAUCUCGGCAGCACCUGGCGGUGACGAUGCGGCGCCGCUAUUUUAG